UCAGAUCGUAACCUUAACAUACUGGUCCAUCGAGCCCGGUUAUAAUCUUUUAUUGGAAUAUUAAUCAAGGUAUAAUGGCGUACAGCAAAGUUAAUCAAAUUCAACAUUUGUUGGAGAAGCAAGGCGAGCUAUACGAGUUGAUCGUAGAUUCUCUUUCUAAACUGAAGAACAGCGAAAAAAUCACCAGUCAACGUAUUGAAUCCCGCAUUAAAGCUCUUUCUAAGAACUGGGAUGAAUACAAAGAUAACCACAAUUCGUUGGGAACUCUGAAAUCAUCAUUGAAAGCUGACCAGAAGACAGAAUAUGACGAGGAACCAUACUUCAAAGAAAAGGCAUACAUGGAAUGUGAAGAAAAAUAUCUAGAUUCAAUGGAGCAAAUGAUGAUCUUGUUAGAAGAAAUCAUGCCGAAACCUUCCAUUGAUGGCGCAGCAUUAUCAGAUGUCUCCAUAGUUCGAUCACCAUGCUCGGCGUCCACAUCACAUGUUCGCUUGCCUAUAAUGAAUCUUCCUAUGUUUAGUGGAGAGUUCUUGGAUUGGGCUCCAUUCAAAGACGCCUUCACAUCUCAGAUAGGUGUCCAUAAGUCUUUGACAUGUGUUGAGAAAUUACAAUAUUUAAAAACAUGUCUCGCUGGUGGCAAAGCAGCUUCCCGUUUGCACACGAUCCCUCUCACAGCAGCUAACUUUAAGGUUGCAUGGAAUGACCUUCUAGAACACUACGACAACAAGCGACUCUUAGUUGACUCAGCUUUAGAUUUACUCUUUUCCGCCAAAUCAGUCACUCAAGAAAGUGCAGAAGAUCUUGAUGGUUUACUGAACACAAUAAAUCAAGCAGUAGGUUCCUUAGAAGCUCUUGGUUCCGAAGUCCACCAUUGGGAUGAGAUUCUAGUGUUUUUAGUUUCUCGUAAACUAGAUUCUGCAUCCAUAAAAGAAUGGGAAAAGCAUUUAGGAUCAUCAUCAGAAACCUCUUCUUGGAAAGAAUUUAAAUUAUUUAUACAAACUCGCAUUCGUUCUCUACAGGCUUUUGAACGAGUUAAUCCCAAACAGCAAGACACAAGAAAGUCAACAACAAGUAAAAAUCAGUUUUCCAAAGCAAGAUCACAUCACGUUGCUAUGCGCAGCUCUUCUCAAUCGUGUUCUCUGUGCAACGGGAACCAUUUUUUAUCAGCUUGUACAAGUUAUUUAUCAAAAACCUUUGAAGAACGUCAUCAGUUUGUCACACAAAAAAAACUCUGCUAUAAUUGUCUCGGUCCACACUCAAUCAACAGCUGCUUUUCAAAGAAAAGGUGUAACAUGUGCAGUGGUCGUCAUCACACUUCUAUUCACCCAGGAGGCAACAGAUCUAAUCAUCAGUCAAACACCUCAUCACAGAACAUAUCAGCGAUUGAAACAGUAUCAACUACACCAUUUUUUACUGCUGCAUCUGUUAACGCGACUUACAUCUAUAAAUCUCCAACAAACGGAAGGCUUCUGGCAACAGCCUUAGUAAAAGUUAAAUCGAACAGUGGAGAGCGCCACAUGGUAAGAGCUUUUCUUGACCAAGGUUCUGAAAUAAAUUUAAUUUCAGAAAAAUUGACCCAAAUUCUUGGAUUAUCACGUGCUCACACAUCAUUUAAUAUAUCGGGUAUAGGAGCAGAAGCAUCAUCCUCACACAAGGCAAAUGGAAAGGUUACCUUGGAUAUUCAAUCAUGUGUUAAUGAAUACACGAGUGUUUUUGAAGCUUACAUUUUACCCAAAUUAACAAAUUAUCUUCCUUCCACAAUGGUGGCUGUCAACAAUUGGCCUCAUCUCAAAGGCCUGCAACUUGCAGAUCCUGAAUACUAUCAACCCGGCCAAAUAGAUCUCCUCCUGGGAGUAGAAGUGUACAGCCAAAUAAUACAGAAUGGACUUCGAAAAGGACCAAUGGAGACGCCAAUUGCUCAACUUACAAGUUUAGGGUGGAUUCUUUCUGGAUCGACACCCUUAGCAGUACAUACAGCAUCGUUGGAAGCGGCGGCGGUGGCUUUUCAUUGUCAUAUUGACUAUGACCUCAAUGACCUUGUGAAGCGAUUUUGGAUUCAAGAAGAAGUCUUUAGUUCACCUGAGAAUCAACUAACUUCAGAAGAAAACCAUUGCGAGGAGAUUUUUAGGACUACCCAUACUCGAAAUUCAGAAGGAAGAUAUAUUGUCAGGCUUCCAUUUAAGUCACAACCCACAUCCUUUGGAGACUCAAGAACGCCAGCACUGAACAUGAUUUAUAGGAUGCAAAAACGUUUCACCAACAACUCAUCGUUCUAUGAAGACUACUCAGACUUUAUCUACGAAUAUGAAAACUUGGGCCACAUGCGCCGAGCAUCUGAGCCUCCAAAAUCAGCUAAUCGAGUGUUUUAUUUACCACAUCAUGGUGUUGUUCGUGAAAUGAGUGCAACAACUAAGCUCAGAGUUGUUUUUAACGGAUCUUUUAAGCCGCCACAAGGCUAUUCACUUAACGAAUUUCUUCACGAAGGCCCUAAGCUUCAUGUUGAUCUUCCUGAUGUCUUAACACGGUGGCGAAUACAUAAAUUUGCAUUCUCAUCAGACGUCACAAAAAUGUUUAGACAAAUUCAAGUUCAUCCUGACGAUUGGGAUUUUCAAAGAAUUUUAUGGCUUGAAGGUUCGGCUGUAGUUGAAUUUUUGUUGACAACGGUUACUUACGGGACGAGUCCAGCUCCUUACCUCGCCAACAGAGUUCUCCGUCAACUUGCAUCAGACGAAGGCCAUCUUUAUCCUGAAGCUAAGACAGUUAUCGAGCAAAAUACUUAUGUUGACGAUGUCUACAGUGGAGCGUCUUCUAUCACGGAGGCCAGCCACGAAAGUCUAUUAGAAGAUGUGCCUAUCCAAGAACGUGCUUCGUGUUCAUCUUCACAUUCUAUUAAGGAUGGUCCUGUACAUCGUACAUUAGGGCUCAACUGGCAACCUGUCCAUGAUCGAUUCAUUUUCAUUUCUGAAGAAAUAAGUGAACCCACCGUAUAUACGAAAAGAAAUGUUUUGUCUCGUAUUGCAAAAUUAUUCGACCCCCUAGGGUGGCUAUCUCCAGUGGUUGUUCGAGGCAAAAUAUUUAUGCAGGAGCUGUGGGGAGCAAACUUAAGCUGGGAUGAAGCUUUACCUCUUAACCUUGAGCUGCGAUGGAAAGCUUAUAUUCAUGAGCUUGAAGAUUUACAUUUGAUCAGUGUACCUAGGUGGCUUGGAUUAACUCCUUCAUGUUUAUCUGUUGAGAUUCAUGGCUUUGCUGACGCUUCUCAUGCAGCACUUGGUUCAGUUAUCUAUCUUCGUGUGUCAAGAGCCAUAGACGACAUUCAAAUUACAAUUUUGGCAUCCAAGACCAAGGUGGCUCCAAUUCAAAAAUCAAGUAAAUCUGGUAUUCGUUCGAGAACUGUUCGUAUUACAACUCCACGCCUGGAGUUAGCCGCAGCGUUGCUUCUUACACGCCAUGUUCAACAUAUGAAAAAGGUUUUAGGUAUCGACAUAUCAGCUAUACAUCUUUGGACGGAUUCUAGUACAGCCUUAUUUUGGAUUCAAGGUCAACCCAACAAGUGGAAAGAUUUCGUACGCAACCGUGUCUCUCAAAUACAGGAUAAGCUUCCUGAGGCAAAUUGGCAUCAUCUGCCAGGUGAGGACAACCCAGCUGAUUUUGCGUCAAGGGGCCUAUCACCGCGCAAGUUAUCUGAGAAAUCAAUUUGGUGGUUUGGACCUAGUUGGCUGAAACUUAGUGCAAGCAAUUGGCCAUCACUCUGUCUCAACUUAGACGAAAAUGAAGAUCUGGAGGAACGUCAGCAAUUAGUAGCCUUUACUAAAGCGAAGACAAGAGAUACUACUUGGGAUCUUUUAAGUAAGUAUUCCUCUUUGAUGAGACUCUUGCGAAUAACAGCCUGGUGCAGGCGCUUCAUUUAUAUUCGAAAAAAUAUUCAAGAAAAGAAAAAAGCCAAGGCUGAUUUAACAUAUAUACCAACAAUCAUCAAAUUCAGUAGUUGGCUCAAACCCGAGGAACUAGAUGCAGCAAAGACGUUUUGGAUUGGAUGUGUGCAGUUAGAAAGUUUUUCAUCAGAAAUCAGCAGUUUAUCUCGUUUACAGUCCAUUCAUCAGAGCAGUUCUAUAUUUCGCCUCACUCCAUUCAUAGACUCACAUGGUAUACUUCGAAUUGGCGGGCGGCUUCGCAACGCCCAAAUAGAUAUGGAUACAAAGCAUCCAAUUAUUCUCCCUCGUGAAUCUAAAUUAACAACGCUAAUACUAAACUACACGCAUAAGUCAACACUUCACGGUGGAGUUCAAUUAAUGCUGGCCACUCUAAGAAGGAAUUAUUGGAUCAUCGGAGGUCGUCAUGCUGUUCGCAGUUUCGUCAAUCGCUGUGUAGUUUGCACAAGGUAUAGAGCUACAACUCCUACGCAACUCAUGGGCCAGCUUCCUAUCAACCGAACAAUUCCAUCACGUCCAUUUUUACAUUCGGGCGUAGAUUACGCCGGCCCAUUCACAUUAAAAACCUGGAGAGGACGAGGUGCCAAAAACUACAAGGGGUAUCUGGUGGUCUUUGUAUGCUUCUCUACAUCUGCUGUCCAUCUUGAACUUGCCACUGAUUACUCUACAGAAGGAUUUAUUGCAGCUUUCAAGCGCUUCACUGGUCGAAGAGGUAUUUGUUCCACACUGAGAAGUGACUGUGGAACUAACUUUGUUGGUGCUGAUGCGGAGCUGCGUAAGUUGUUUAAUUCUGCUUCUAAUAAUGUAAAAUCUUUAGUAGAUACACUCGCCAAUGAUGGUACAAAAUGGUCGUUCAACCCCCCGUCAGCGCCCCACUUUGGGGGCAAAUGGGAAGCAGCUGUUAAGUCAGCCAAGUUCCACAUCAAGCGAGUUAUUGGGGAUACCGUUCUUACCUAUGAGGAAUUUUCGACUUUCCUGACCCAAGUGGAAGAUGUUUUGAACUCCCGUCCCAUCUGCCCUCUUUCUGAUGAUCCAAACGACCUUGAGGCACUUACCCCAGGCCACUUCAUCGUGGGAGACGCUUUAAGAACAGUUCCUGAACCAUCAUUAAUGCAGCUACCUACAUCAAGACUUUCUCGUUAUCAACAGCUACGACAAAUGCUAGAAAAGUUUUGGCAGAGAUGGUCCAGCGAAUAUCUUCAAAGGUGGCAGGACAUUGGAAAGUGGCAUCAAAAAUACAAAAACAUCAAAGAAGGAGCUCUUGUACUUGUUGUGGAUGAGCGAUUACCUCCAAGUAAGUGGCCUCUAGCACGAGUUAUUUCAACACAUCCUGGAGCUGACGGACUCGUUAGAGUCGUCACGGUGAAGACACAAUCAACAACACUUAAGCGCCCCAUUGUUAAACUUUGUUUGCUGCCGGUUAUCAAUGACGACAAUGAAGCAGAUAUUUCAACGCUCAAAUGAGACGUCGAAGCGGGCGGAAUGUUUAAAAAUCAACUAAGUUUAAUGAUACAAUAAUAUCGUUUUCAUCAUAAUUAUACUGAACGCAGCCCAUAUAUUACCAACUAAGAGAUGAUAAAAUAAAUUAUGUAUAACACAUAUAAUUUCUUGUAAAUGUCAAAUUCAACUUAAUAAAGUUCUUCUUUAACAAAACGUGAUCGGGUGAGGUUAUCUC